AUGUUGUUCACUGUUACCCCUCCGCCCAGUGAUGGAGCUGCGGCGGCCACCGCAGCAACGGUAGACGAGUUCACCACCACAGGCAACACACUCACGCAGCUACAGAAUUUCUUUGAGCAUCACACCUUUGACACUGCUGGCCCGUACUCGGACCUCUUCUCUGUGUUGCUUUCGUGCUGCAAGCAUCUUGUGGACACAAACCUCCACCACCACGCGGUCCUCUCGAACCAAAAGCACGAGGUUGGCCGACUGUCCUCCGAGACAGAAGCCUUGUGUGACGUGGCAGCCCGCUGCCAAGAAGGAAUCCGCGAGCUGAAGUCAUCUUCUUUGGAUCCUCGCUUAGUGGAGCGAAGGAUUCAAAGCCCUUCUCCUCCAGUGUCGGCGGUGACGGAAACAGCAGCAGCGGCGGCGGCUGCCCAUAACGCUGAUAUUGAACUCCUUCGUGGGCGUUUAGAUGAAGUUUAUGGGCAUGUGCGCGAAUCGCAAGCUUCUGUGCGUGAAACACGUCUCCGCCAAGCGGAUUUAGAGCGGCAGAGUGCUGACGAGCGUCGACGGCAGCAACAGGCGGAGGAGCAGUUCCGCCAUUUAGAAGAGGAUGUGGCGAAGCUGAAACGUGGCGUUUCUGCCCACGCCGAUUAUGUUGACGGCGAAGUAGCAGCAAUGAGGAAUACAGCGGCCUCCUCCUCUACGGAUCGUGGGCCUGCGCUCAAAUCAUACACUGACAAGAAGAUAAAGGCGCUGAGGAACGAGUUGUGCAUUGCUCUGCAGGAGGCUGUUUUGGCGGAGGAUGUGGUCGGGCCCUCGGCGCCCGCUGCACGCUCUCCGCGGCGGUCUGCUCGCGCCGCUGCGCCGACGGCUGCCAGGCGGGUGGCAGAGAGGGGUGGCGGCGACGACAAUGACAACGACGACGACGAC